AUGGACAGCAAUGACAGUGUAGCCGAUCGGACUGUGCGCCGCAGCAACAACAAUAGCGUCGUAAGGACUAUUGAUGAUGAGGAGGUAGAAGAGAGAUCGAGGACUCUAUCGUCUUCCGGAUCCUUUUCCAUGGGAUCUCAGGCAUCGGUUUUGGCCGUGAACGAGGAAGAAGAUACACCACGCAAAAAACGAGAACGAUCAAAUAAGGCUGUCCUCUACGGCGCUGCUGACGAAGACGCCAAGGCAAAAGCAAGGGCUUCCGCAGGCUCGGGUGCACUGUCGUUGCCAGGGGUGGUGGAUGUCAGUGAAGAUGGUGUGCUUACACCAAGACAGAAGACCAAACCACCAGUCUCUUCUUCACUUAUGCUGGAUCAGGAUGAUGGUAAGGGAAAGAAGAAAUCUUCCAGACGUGACCGAAAGAGCUCGAGUCGACGAAGUACAGAUAGUUCCACCUCUGUGCUCUAUGGGGACGAAGACGCUAAAGCCAAAGCAAAGCCCUCUUCUGUGUCCAGCUUUCCAGGAGUGGUGGAUGUCAGCGAAGAUGGCGUGAUCAUUUCUAGGCGAAAAGGCAGCAGCAGCAAGCGCUCCUCUUCCAGAGCUGUACUUUAUGGGGAUGACGAGGAUAAAAAGGCCAAAGCAAAGGCUUCCAUGGGGGGAUCCAGCUUUUCCUCGCCUGGGGUGGUUUCCGUCAGUGAAGACGGCAUUGUUACUCCCAAAAGCUCGCGUUCUGUUGCGUCGUCGCGUUCUGUCACAUCCGCGCUCUAUGGAGACGAAGAUGAAAAGUCAAGACUGAGAGCGAAAAGUCCAAGAUCCAACAAGCCUGGCAUAGUGGCAGUCGAUGAUGCUGCCAGUGGCUCGAGUAGUCGACGCAGCAGGAGAAGUCCAAGAGGUUCCAGAAGAAGCACUCGAGGUUCCAGACGCACGGGUAAUAGUAGCCGACGAUCCAGCCCUCAUUCGUCUACAAAAAGCAGCAACGAUGAUAGUCUUGGGAGUCACAGCAUCGACUUGUUAUAUGGGGACAAUAACGGCGACGACGAUGCCAAGGCCAAGGCCAAAAAUUCUUCAAAUAGUAGAGCUACGGCUCCAGGUGUGGAUCGGAUUGGGGAAUCCGCAUCACCCAAACCAGGUGAUAAGGGGUAUGUCACAGAUCCACUUUUUGCUCGAAAUGGAAAAUCGUCAAACAUUCGAGGUGUUCAGAAGAAUGGGGUGGUGGCUGAAAAUGGGGUUCUUCAAAAUAAUUCAAAGAGCAGGGGGGAAAUGGAUAGGUUGGCCACAGCAGGAUUCGAUCGUACGGAACGAUCCGAAGACGACAUGAUGGUCAUGGAGGAUAAGGAAAAGGCUUUUGAAAAAGAGAAAAAAGAGGAAUCGAAAUCUAAAAAGAAGGGGUUCUUCCUUAUUCUUUUGUGCUGCUGUCUUCUCAUUUUGAUUGCGGCUGGAGUCGGUGCUUACUUUGCACUUCGCAAAGACGGUGACAACUCCACUGACAACACUUUGAAGGAAAACCUGCAAGAUCCAACCACCUCGCCUUCGAAUGGUCCCUCUCAGCAGAAUCCAACUAGUUCUCCGACAUUGGGCCAACUCUAUGAUCCGCCAAGUCCCGAAGACUGCCUUGCAAUCGCCAAGAAUGAAACCAUCUUUGGACAAGAGAAUCUUGCACAGAGUGAGUUUAGCAUCAACUUGGAUGUCACUUUAGAUCGAGAUGGGGGCAUUUCACCAGUGACAAAGCAAGUGUUGAUGGAUGCUAUUCAAGCGAAACUGCUUCCGAAAAUUGCAGGUUGCGAUGAAUCGCUCAAUCGACGCACAUUAUUCCAAGAAGCCAGCCACCGACGGCAUCUUGUUUUCGGAUCAUCUCGGUUUGUAAUCUUCAACGCGUUUGUAUCGGGGAAUGAAGAUACGGAAGUAGUGUGCAACGAUGGAAGCGAAUUCCCUGAACUGUGCCAUCGAGUGGUAGUGGAUUUGACAGUAUUCUUGAAAGGAAUCAUCAAGUUUAUUGAUAUCGUUAAUCUGAUUGGAGAUGCAGUGCCUGUAGGCACAAACUUGGUGGAUCCCUUGGGUUUAGAUGUCCCAUUCUAUGAAGUUAAGAUGGUUGGUGUCAACAUUCUGACGCCGACAGCAGCUCCCUCGUUCGUACCCACGGAAGCACCAAGCAGCUCACCGUCCGAUGUUCCAUCAUCGACUCCAUCCACAUCCGCCCCAACUUCCAUACCAACAAUGUUUCCGACUUUCAUGCCAUUUCCUGGAUCCACGCCGCGUCCGACUCCAUCGCCCACACUAGCACCGACCCCGGAGCCAACCGAGGUACCAUCUACACAGCCCUCAACAGGUCCUACAGUUGCGGCAAGCUCACUUCCAACCUUGGCUCCUGCAUCUGCGGGUCCAACUUCUUCCUCAAGUCCGACCUUGGCGCCUGCUUCGUCAAGCCCAACGUUCUCCUCGAGUCCAACCGUGGUUCCUGUAUCUAGUCCGACCUUGGCUCCCAUGGUGGGUCCAACCUUGGCUCCCAUAGCUGGUCCAACUCUGGCACCUGUGACAGCACCAACAAUGGCUCCGGUUCUUGGUCCAACAGCACCACCACCCACAAAUGCACCAAUAUUGGCGCCUGUUGUUGGUCCAACACCGCCUCCCACAAAGGCACCAACAUUGGCUCCGGUAGUUGGCCCAACACCGUUACCAACCACCGCGCCACCCACAAAAGCACCAACCUUAGCACCUGUGGUUGGACCAACACUUCCUCCAACGAAAGCACCAACUCCGUUGCCGACGACAGCGUCACCCACAAAGGCACCAACAAAGUUCCCGACUUUGGCUCCUGUGGUUGGACCAACACCUCCGCCUACAAAGGCUCCAACACCGCUACCAACAACAUUGCCCCCCACCAAGUUCCCAACCCGUCGACCAUCAGUAUCACCAAGUGCUUCACCAACGCCGAAGCCCAGUUUGAGCCCCACUUCUUCGCCUUCGGGGUCUCCUAUCUCGUCACCCUCGUCUUUGCCGUCCGCCUCGCCUUCCUUAUUACCAUCAUCUUCCCCUUCGAUUGUGCCUACCCCAAACUGUUUCUGUCAGAAUGUGAACAAUUGCGACGCAACGAUUGCUGGUUUGAGAAUAGGUUGUGAUUCCUGUGCUUCCAAUGGGGCAUGUACCAGUCUGAGUCUGUCUGCUGAUAGUGGUGCAACCUUGACAAUCGGAGAAGGUGCAUGUACCGGUCGAAAUAGUUGCCAAGGAGCUACCAUCCAUACCAUUGGUGACGGAGCGUGUACCGAAGCGACAGCGUGCGCAGGUCGACAUUUGAAUGCAGGCGCAACCAGUUGCACUGGGAGGUUUAGUUGCAGUAUCGUGGGAAGCGGUCAAGUGUCCAUCAAUAGCAACAGUGCCGGUCUAUUGACUAUAGGAGAUGGAUCAUGCACGGAACAGUACAGUUGCUUCUCAUACAAUGGGAGUGUUGGAAGCGGUUCAUGUACGGGUGAGGGAAGCUGUGGUGCUCGUAGUAUUCUACAAAUUGGAGAGGGGUCAUGCUUGGGUGAGAACUCUUGUUCAGGCUUGGAGAGAACCAACAUUUUCAAAGUUCCAGAAUCCCCUAGGUCCAUCACAGUGGCCGAUAACAGUUGCAAUUGCGCGGAGUGCUGCAUGUGUAUGACAGUUGUGAAUGUGUCAGGCUCUUGCAAUACAUCUGGAUCAUGUUGCAGCGCGAACAAUCCAACGCAAUACGCCAGAACCUUUUCACCAACAGCUAACCUCCAAUAA